AUGAAGCAUAAAUUACCGAUUUUACUUGUCAUUAACCUUUUCCUCCUGAUAACCUUUGGCGAUGUGAUAAAGGGAGAUAACAUUACUAAUAAAAAGAAGGAUAUAUGGAAAUCUAGAUUUACUGCAGGAAAAGGAACUCCCAAAAAGAAUGAAGAUCUCAAUGAAAAAAAGAAGGAUAAGGAUAACAAAAAAGAUAAAGAUGAUUUCCUAACGAGCGUCAGCCAUAAGGACGAUAUGAACGACUCCCGCAACAUAAUGCUUUUGAGAGAAAUUUACGAGAAAGAUAACGAACUAAGUAUCAUUAGAAGAAAAAAGAAAAAAUAUAAAACGGCUACCUUCACCUUGGGUACUUUGUUAACCAUAAUAACAUUACGUGCCAUAGCGGACCUAGCCGUGAAAGGCAUUUCCAAGCUCUUUCAGAAGGAACAAAGUAUACUUAGUGGAUUAAUUUUUGACAAGUGGAACUUUAACAAUUUAAAAAAAAAGAAUUUGCUUAUUGAGUCACUGGACUGAUAAAAGCCUUUGCAUGAUAGAAGCGCCUUUGAUGAAAAUAG